GACCUAUCUUUUUCAAGCCCAAUUCCGAAGCCGAUGUUUCUUCUGUUCUUCUUGCUCAGAAUGAGAAUGGCUUUCCUCUCUCUGUGUCUUUGUAAUCUGAAUCUCUUCCAAACCUGAAAAUACUCGCGUUUUCUCAUAUUUAUCAAUCAAAAGAAAGAGAAGAAUCAUCCCCAAUUCAAAAUCCAGAACUAAACGCCUUCGCAUGGACUCCCUUGAAGCAGCCUACAAAGAAGAAGAAGACGACGAAGAAGAUGAUGAAGAAGAAGAAGAACCCGUCAAGCACCUGGAUCCCACCACCAUUGAACUUGCUGAACACAGUAACGACACCGACUUCGAUACCUCUCAAAACGGUGACUCCAUUAGACAGCAAGAGCUAUUUGUAUCCGGCCUCUCAGAAUCUGACCCAACCACCUCCAAUGACACCGAGAAACGCACUCCCAAAUCCCCCAAACCCGAAGACAUUGAGGGAGAAGAAGAUGAGGACGACGAUGAAGAUGAAGACCCACCUCCCAAAAAGCAAAAGCAACUCUCGUCUCUAACCCAACAACAACGAGAAGAAGAGCCCUCAACAAUUAACUACAACAACAAUGGCAAUAAUGUAUCAAACGGAACCAAGACCCCAUCGACGACACAAGCCACGGCGAAAAAGAAAUCCAAGAAAAAGAGCAAUAACAAUGUGUGGGUAACGAGAUCUACUCGUAAAGGAAAGAAGAAAACCAAGCCUAAUCCCCAAAACGCUCCUGCUGAAGAUAAAGUUUUGAUUACGCCGGUUCCCAGAUUUCCAGAUAAAAGUGACGAUGCCCCAGAUAUGAAAAUUUGCUUGUCAAAAGUAUACAAAGCUGAGAAAGUAGAGUUGAGUGAAGAUAGAUUGAGUGCUGGAAGUUCGAAAGGGUAUAGAAUGGUAAGAACUACGAGAGGGGUUUGUGAGGGGGCCUGGUACUUUGAGAUUAAAGUGGUGAGCUUGGGAGAGACGGGACACACUCGUCUUGGUUGGUCUACAGAGAAAGGCGACCUGCAAGCGCCGGUUGGGUACGAUGGAAAUAGUUUUGGGUAUAGAGAUAUUGAUGGGAGUAAAGUGCACAAGGCAUUGAGAGAGAAGUACGGGGAUGAAGGGUAUAAGGAAAGGGAUGUUAUUGGGUUUUUCAUUAAUUUGCCAGAGGGUUCAUUACAUGCUCCUAAGCCACCUCAUUUGGUUUGGCAUAAAGGGCAUGGAUACGUGUGUGGUCCAGAUGCUAAGGAGGAUCCUCCAAAAAUCAUACCUGGAAGUGAGAUAUCUUUCUUCAAAAAUGGGGUGUGUCAAGGCGUUGCUUUCAACGAUUUGCAUGGUGGUCAUUACUACCCUGCUGCUUCAAUGUACACCCUUCCAAAUCAACCAAAUUGUGUGGUCGAGUUUAAUUUUGGCCCUGACUUUGAAUUAUUUCCCAAGGAUUUUGGUGGGCAUCCUAUUCCUAGGCCCAUAAUUGAAGUUCCUUAUCAUGGGUUUGACAAUCGUGUUGAAAAUGGUGUGUCAAAUGAGAACAAACAUUAGUCAUCUUAUUAUCUGUGGAGUAGGAGGCUAAUCCAAGUUUAGCAUUCUAUUUGUAAUAAAUGACCACCUAUUUGAAAUUGAUAGAGAGAAGAGGCAGAUGAACAGAUGGAUUGACUGAGGGAAACAGUCAGUAUUUUUCCAAGAUCACAGAAGAAGUUUGACUAUAACUGCUAUAUGUUUAAUUUGGUGGUGCUGCUAGUGGAUCGGAGAGUUGAGACCCUCUUGAGAAGACAAAGAAUGUAGAGUCUGGUGCCUCGUAGAAGGGAAAGGUGAACUUUUCCUGAAAGAAGGGAAGGGUGAACUGUUCCUGAAGGAUGGCCUCUUUUUGAGAUGUUUUAUAGUUCUCUGGGCGUAGAGCUUAUGAAACACGGGCAUAGUUCUCUCCUUGAACUUGAGAAUAGCAUAGAAGAGAAGUCUGAAAGCUAUUAGAAUGACUACAACAGCCACCAGGUCCCACCAUUUUGAAUGAUGAAGAUCAAUACCAAGCAUGGUACUAAGAACAAAUUCGCCUUUCAGUUUUGGAUUACCUGGUACUAAAGGAUCAAACUCAAUCCCAAUCAUGUCGUUCUUGUAUGCACCCUGCAUUUCCGUUAUACCAGCAGUUAAAACAUUAGAUUGAUAAUAGUACAUGUGCAUGAAUUUUGUCGCUGUUUUA